AUGUGGCAUUUAUUAAAUUCACAGUCCUGCCAAUUAAUAAGACAAAGGCUUACUGCUUUUAGGAGUAAUGGACAUUACUUGAACUUAUUAAAAACGAAACCUUCAGAUGCGGUGAAAAGAUAUAUUUCAAAGAAUUGUACAGAAAAUGAACUUAAAGUUUUUCAAAUCGCCCCUUGGAAACUUUGUACAGGCAUCAGUGUAGGAUUAGGCGCACGUUUAUUUUUAAGUGAAACAGUAUUUUGUAAAGCUCAAACUCACUCUAGAAUUAUACAAAGAAGACCAAAUGUUCUCGAUGAUAGUGGAAGGUUUGACUGGUCAAAGUUCUUUGAAUACCUUAAACCUCAUAAAUGGUUGUUGGUUGCUGCAGUAGCUUCAGCUAUGACAGUGGCGUUCCUGAAUAUAUAUAUUCCAGCUAUGUUAGGAGUGAUUGUUAAUAUAUUAGCUGAGUUAAAACACAAUCCAUCUCUUGACUUCAUUGAACAGAUCAAAUAUCCGGCUUUUAAAAUGGUCUCUUUAUAUAUCGGACAGGCUUUAUUUACAUUCUUCUAUAUACAUCUGUUAGCACAAGUAGGAGAAAAAGUAGCGGCACAAAUGAAACAGGAUCUAUUUGUGUCUAUUUUAAAUCAAGACAUGGCUUUUUUUGAUAAGGAAAGGACUGGAGAAUUAGUUAAUAGAAUAACUGUUGAUGUACAAGAUUUCAAGAGUUCAUUUAAGCAAACAAUAUCAGGUGGACUUAGAGCUAUUACACAGGUUGUGGGUUCGGCAGUGAGUCUCCUAGUAAUAUCACCUCAGUUAACGGGUCUCACAAUGCUAUGUGUACCCACAGUUGUUAUUGGAGGGACUUUUAUUGGAUCACUAUUGAGGAAAUUAUCCAGAGAAGCACAGUCUCAGAUAGAAAAAGCAACUUUAGUAGCAGAAGAAGCGAUCUCGAAUAUGCGAACAGUGCGAGCGUUUGCAGGUGAAGAGAAUGAGGCGCAAAUGUUCGCGGAAGAAUGCGAUUCCGCUGCAAAUCUUAGUAUGGAACUGGGGUUGGGCGUUGGACUUUUCCAGGCGGGCACUAAUUUGUUUCUUAAUGGUAUGGUGCUAGGAACAAUGUUUUUGGGUGGUCACCUAAUGUCAACCGGACAGAUGUCAGCGGGUGACGUCAUGGCGUUUCUUGUGAAUGCACAGACUAUACAACGGUCGGUGGCACAAAUAUCAUUGCUAUUUGGAUCUGUCAUUAAGGGCAUUAGUGCUGGAGGACGGGUUUUUGAGUACAUAAACAAGGAGCCUCAAAUGGACACAUCAGGUACAAAGACAAUCAAAUAUCAUGAGUUUCAUGGUGACAUAGAAUUCAAAGAUGUCACCUUCGCAUAUCCGACCAGACCCGAUGCGGUAGUAUUAAAUAAGUUCAAUUUAAAAAUACCAGCGGGGAAGACAGUUGCAAUAGUCGGUAGUUCCGGAAAUGGGAAGUCUACUAUCGCCGCUUUAUUGGAGAGGUUCUACGAUGUAAAUAAGGGUAAAGUGACCAUAGAUGGCGUGGAUAUACGCGAGAUGGAUGGGAACUGGCUUCGGGGUCGCGCCAUUGGGCUGAUUAGCCAAGAGCCAGUGUUGUUCGCAACUACGGUUAAAGAAAAUAUUCGUUAUGGAAAACCGGAUGCCACUGAUGCAGAGGUAUACCGGGCCGCACAAACCUCAAACGCGGACGAGUUCAUACGCAACUUCCCGGAUGGGUACGACACGAUGGUUGGGGAAAGGGGAAUGUCGCUCAGCGGAGGGCAGAAGCAGCGCAUUGCUAUCGCCAGAGCUGUCUUGAAAGACCCACCUGUUAUGAUACUAGAUGAGGCUACUAGUGCGUUAGACGCAACGAGUGAGAAAGUGGUCCAGACGGCGCUUGAGACAGCUUCGAAGGGGCGCACAGUGUUGGUGAUCGCGCAUCGACUUUCGACAAUUAUGAAUGCGGAUCUAAUUGUGGUGUUAAACAAAGGAAGUGUUGUUGAAAUGGGAACUCAUGACCAAUUGAAGAAGCAAAAAGGACAUUAUUGGAAUCUAAUUAAACAACAAGACCAUGAUACGGAUAACCGUUCGUUAUGA